AUGUCUAUGGACCCAGAUGAUUGAUUGCGAUUGAAAAAAAAAAUCUUUCUUUUUGACUACUCAGUCAUUUCGGGUUGUUGCGGGAUUUAAAUCCUAGCAGCCAUGGUGCGUAUGAACGUAUUGAGUGAUGCCCUAAAAUCCAUUCACAAUGCCGAGAAGAGAGGAAAGAGGCAAGUGCUUAUCAGGCCUUGCUCCAAAGUUAUUGUCAAAUUCCUCACAGUGAUGAUGAAGCACGGCUACAUUGGAGAGUUUGAGAUCGUCGACGACCACAGAGCUGGAAAAAUAGUUGUGAACCUCUCAGGAAGACUAAACAAAUGUGGUGUUAUCUCACCCAGGUUUGAUGUCCCCAUCAAUGAUAUUGAAAGAUGGACCAACCUUCUUCCAUCUCGACAGUUUGGAUACCUAGUUCUCACCACGAGCGGCGGCAUCAUGGACCACGAAGAAGCGAGAAGGAAACAUCUUGGAGGCAAGAUCCUAGGCUUCUUUUUCUAAUCUUAACUCAAUAUAAAUGAAAAAGUA